GCUACUGCCGUGUGAGCGCAAUCAUCGUCGAGUCCGGAUACAAUCCCGAGGCCAGAUGUCCAUCGACCCGAAGAGGAUCCACUAUCGUUCCCGAAAGAGCCUGCUCCCAUUCCCAGUCCCACAGCCGCUGCUGAGUCACUGGGGAUAUCGGCGGUUCCCACAUUAUCUGCGCCUGAGUCGGGCUGGAAGCACGCGACAAGUCCGCGGUAGAUUGAAUUUGGCGUUUCGGGAGAGUCGCGCUAUCGACCAUGGUCCGAGAACCCCCGAUCAGCUCAAAGUCAGUGUCGUCCGCGAGAUCAUUCAGGUCGACGUCAGCCAGAACAGGCACCGGGAUAUCAUUAGCGGCGGCAAAUGCAACCGCUGCUUUAUUUCGGAGACGAUGAAGGACGGUCUAUCGUCAAUCAGACGGUGCCCAGAUGCGGACGAAGAAAAAGAACGUACUAAAGCUCCAGUAACUACGACACAGUGCUUUGACGCCCGUUCUAUCAACUCGACGGUGGUCAGGAGAUCUGCGAGUGCUACGGGAGCCAACAGGUGCUUCGGACACUUGGCAGCGACGGAAGCGAGGAUAAACUAGGCCGGAAAAACGGAAGCGAACAAUCAGGAGCCCAGCGAAAGCGAAGUGGCUAGGAACUCACAGCCGAGUUUGUCACUGAUAUUGUCUGCGUCAAUAGGAUGUUGGUUAGACAAACCCAGCUUACCGGCUUUCCAGAACGGCCACCACCGGUGGAUGUAUUCUGGAUAUGCCUCCAAGAACCGCAUGUCCGCCUUAAUCAUCGAAUCUGCGCCACGAUAGGCUGCCAAAAAGGACGCUGCAUACGGAGAAUCGAGGGGAUUAGUAGGGUUGUGCUUGAUUGCCUUGACGAAUGACGACCGAUGUAUGUAAAUGAUUACUGCUCGUUUGUCAGCUUUGUUUCCGGAAGAAUGAAUCCAAUCUGAC